AUGGCUUACAGUUUAGGAGAUAGAUUUUCACGAUUACCUAAAAAUUUUACUCUUAUAGACCCAGGUGCAUAUGAAACACGGAAUAACAUUAAAAUAAAACCACAUAUUGCCCCAUUCCUAUCGAAAACUCCUCGUGUUUCUCAGUCAGCAAAAAAGAUUUGGACUCACGCUAUGUAUUACGCAGACACACCUCAUAGAAUUCCGAACUGUUCGUCAAUGAUGUCAAAACUACCACGAUUUACAUAUCAAGCUUUUAGUCAAAAAGAUUUAGAUAGUAUGCUUUGCCAGUGUGGUAUUCAAAAUACAUGUGAAUGUGAAAUCGAAAAUGAUGAGACUAAAAAUAAAGAAUCAACCUUUAAUAAAGUUAAAAAUCAGAGAAAAAUAUUCAUAGGGCAUCCACCACGAUCCAUGAUAGAAUCAGGCUUGUCAGUUCCAUCAAAAAACGACAAUGGAUUUAUUAUUUUUGCCGAUGGCACAAAAAAACGGAGACUUCAAAAAAUUGAAGAAUUACCUCCUCCUAUUCGCGAUGUGAAAGUAAACGAACUGACUGCUUUUUAUAAAGGAUGCAAGUGGAGUCGCAGGACAUCAAGUAGAACUUUUAAAAAUUAUGAUAUUAAACCUGGACCUGCUGACUACACUCUCGAAAAACAACCAACUCUAGCAAGUCAAUGUACUGAAAAAAUACGCGCAAGUAGAUGUAAAUUUUCAAAGCAAUAUCGAUAUAUUGAAGCAAUUCAACUAAAAAACUUCAAAGAAAACCAUCCUGGUCCAGGAACUUACGAUCCUAGACUUCCUAAAGGCCCAGAACUACAACUGUUAGGCUCAAAAGCUGAAAGAUUUUUGUCAAAAAAAGUGGAUGAUAUUCCAGGACCAAGCGAUUAUAGAGUUAAGCGUGAUUUUGACAUACCAGAACUACAAAAAAAGUGUUGCCUGGCUACACUACCUGAACGAGCUCCUUUUGGAGUAAAAAGUAAAAGAUUCAUGUCUGUCAGCAACAUUGGCCCUGGUCCUGCUUUCUAUGAUACGGAUUACAGUAUUUGUCAAUUUUCACAUUGCCAGAUGGCACCAUUCGGUUCUUCUUCAGCGCGAUUUACGGAUAUAAAAAUAGUAACCGAUAUUACCAAUCACAAUGAGUGUUCUCUAAACAAACAAGAUAAUGAUUAUAAAGGUGUUACCUCUUCCCCGAAUUGGAUGUUUAAGUCCCGCACUAAAAGGCUAAAACCGCUGAAAAGAAAGUCGCAAGAACCCGGUCCGGCGGAUUUUUCUCAUAUCUAUUUAGUAUCUAGAAGAUCUUUACAAUUGCAAAAUACAGCACCUUUUCAUUCUUCGGAAGCACGUUUUCAACCAUGGCACAAUUGGAUUCCUGUCCAAAAUGUGGAUGAAACACCUGGACCUGGAAAAUAUAGGUUUGAGACAUUUUCAUGUAUACCGGCAGUAAUACAAGGACCAAUUUUUCGUUCUGAACGUUUUAAACUGAAUAUUCUUAAAACACCAGCAAGUAAUGCAUACAAAGUGGGCGGAGGGCUAGAAGAAGUUUUACAUACACAUAAUCAAAGAUUAAAAGAAAAUAUAAAGCAAAAACACACGUUCCACUGGUAUUCCUCAAGUUUAAAGACAAAAUUAACUAAUAUUAAAAAAGAAUCACUUUUAUUCAAUAGAUGCAUAGCUUUAUUAAAUACAGAUAUUUUUGAAGACAAAAUUUCUUCUAAUGAUAAAAAAAUUCCAACUCGGAAUUGCAACGUCCUAAAAAGAAAAACAGUUUGA